GGCGGGGUUGGCGCUGGCAGGGGGGUGACGCCGGGCGGCGCCGGGGCCGUCCCCGAGGCAAGAUGGCGCCCCCCAGGCAGGCGGGCGCGGAGCCGACGGAUACCCAGAAAAGCAUGGAAGAUGAAAUUGAAUCAGUUCUGCAGGAGCGGAUAAUGAUUUUGGAUGGAGGCAUGGGUACCAUGAUCCAGCAACAUGCCCUGUCAGAAGAAGAUUUCCGAGGGCAUGAAUUUAAAGACCAUUCCAAGCCUUUGAAAGGCAAUAAUGACCUUCUCAGCAUAACUCGGCCUGACAUAAUCUGUGACAUACACAAGGAAUACUUGCUGUCAGGUGCUGACAUCAUUGAAACGAACACUUUCAGCAGCACCCGAGUUGCACAAGCUGACUAUGGCCUCGAGCAUUUGGCAUAUCGAUUAAACAGAGUCUCUGCACAGGUGGCCAGAAAAGCAGCAGAUGAUGUAACUGCUCAGACAGGAAUUAGGAGAUAUGUUGCUGGAGCCAUGGGGCCAACAAACAGGACACUUUCUGUGUCACCCUCUGUGGAGAGACCAGAUUACAGGAACAUAACUUUUGAUGAACUGGUUGAAGCCUAUACGGAGCAAGCCAAAGGACUGUUGGAUGGAGGAGCUGAUAUCAUGUUAGUAGAAACCAUAUUUGAUACAGCCAAUGCCAAGGCAGCUCUUUUUGCACUCCACAAGUUGUUUGAGGAAGAAUACGCUCCCCGACCCAUAUUUGUUUCUGGAACCAUUGUAGAUAAGAGUGGGCGCACCCUCUCAGGCCAGACAGGAGAGGCAUUUGUCAUUAGUAUUUCCCACAGUAAGCCACUUUGUAUCGGCUUAAAUUGUGCUUUAGGAGCAGUUGAAAUGCGACCAUUCAUUGAAACAAUUGGAAAAUGUACAGAAGCCUACGUCAUCUGUUACCCUAAUGCAGGUCUUCCCAAUACUUUUGGUAGUUAUGAUGAAACUCCAGAAGUGACUGCCAAGCAUAUAAAGAGUUUUGCACUGGAUGGUUUGGUCAACAUAGUUGGAGGUUGUUGUGGUACUACACCAGCACACAUCAGGAAGAUUGCUGAAGCUGUGAGAUCAUGUAAGCCUCGUGUUCCACCUUCUCUCUCUCAAGGAUAUAUGCUGCUUUCAGGUCUGGAGCCAUUCAGGAUUGGGCCAUAUACCAACUUCGUUAAUAUCGGUGAACGCUGUAAUGUUGCAGGAUCACGGAAGUUUGCUAAACUCAUCAUGGCAGGCAACUAUGAAGAAGCCCUGAGUGUAGCCAAAAUGCAAGUUGAGAUGGGGGCCCAGAUUCUCGACAUCAAUAUGGAUGAUGGGAUGCUGGAUGGUCCUGCUGCAAUGACCAGAUUUUGUAACUUGAUCUCUUCAGAACCUGAUAUUGCAAAGGUGCCGUUAUGCAUUGAUUCCUCAAAUUUUUCAGUGAUUGAAACAGGUUUGAAGUGUUGCCAAGGAAAAUGCAUUGUAAACAGCAUCAGUCUGAAGGAAGGUGAAGACGACUUUCUGGAGAAGGCAAGGAAAAUUAAGUUGUAUGGAGCAGCUGUGGUUGUCAUGGCUUUUGAUGAAGUGGGUCAGGCAACAGAAACAGAAACCAAGAUUGCAAUAUGUUCCAGAGCUUACCACCUACUUGUGGAAAAAGUGUGCUUCAAUCCAAAUGAUAUAAUAUUCGACCCUAAUAUUUUGACCAUAGGGACUGGAAUGGAAGAACAUAACCUAUAUGCUAUGAAUUUUAUCAAUGCUACUAAAGUCAUAAAAGAAACACUGCCAGGAGCUAAGAUAAGCGGAGGUCUUUCCAAUCUGUCUUUCUCCUUUCGAGGAAUGGAUGCCAUUCGGGAAGCAAUGCAUGGAGUGUUCCUUUACCAUGCAAUUAAGUAUGGCAUGGACAUGGGAAUUGUGAAUGCUGGGAAUCUGCCAGUAUAUGAUGAUAUCCACAAGGAGUUGCUACAGCUAUGUGAGAAUCUAAUCUGGAACAAAGAUCCUGAUGCGACAGAGAAACUUUUACAUUAUGCUCAGAAUCAUGCCCAAGGAGGAAGGAAAGUGGUACAUACUGAUGAAUGGCGGAAAAGCUCCGGAGAAAGGCUGGAAUAUGCUCUCAUAAAGGGCAUUGAGAAGUAUGUCACUGCAGAUACAGAAGAAGCGAGAUUAAAUCAGGAAAAAUAUCCUAGGCCUCUAAAUAUAAUUGAAGGACCUUUGAUGAAUGGCAUGAAAAUUGUUGGUGAUCUUUUUGGUGCUGGGAAGAUGUUUCUGCCUCAGGUGAUAAAAUCUGCGCGAGUUAUGAAGAAAGCAGUUGGCCACCUUAUUCCCUAUAUGGAAAAAGAAAGAGAGGAAAGGAGAACUGAACAGGGCAGCACAGAAGAAGAGGAUCCUUACAAUGGUACAAUAGUACUAGCAACUGUGAAAGGCGAUGUACAUGAUAUCGGCAAGAACAUUGUGGGAGUUGUUCUGGGCUGCAACAACUUCAGAGUUAUUGAUUUAGGAGUCAUGACUCCAUGUGAUAAGAUAUUGAGAGCUGCUGUUGAGAACAAAGCAGAUAUAAUUGGCCUGUCUGGUCUCAUCACCCCUUCUUUGGAUGAAAUGAUUUUUGUCGCCAAGGAAAUGGAGAGAUUGGCAAUAAAGAUUCCUUUGCUGAUUGGAGGAGCAACUACUUCUAAAACACACACAGCUGUUAAAAUUGCCCCCCGAUAUAGUGCACCUGUAAUUCAUGUCCUGGAUGCAUCCAAGAGUGUUGUGGUUUGCUCUCAGCUCUUAGAUGAAAGUGUAAAAGAUGAUUUCUUUGAAGAAAUAUUAGAGGAAUACGAAGAAAUUAGACAAGAACACUACGAGUCUCUCAAGGAAAGAAGAUAUCUGUCUCUAGAGCAAGCUAGGAGAAAAGGUUUCCAUAAUGACUGGUUAUCAGGACAUAAACCAGUUAAACCAAAAUUCAUUGGUACAAAAGUCUUUGAAGAUUAUGACCUGAAGAGGCUAGUAGAAUACAUUGACUGGAAGCCUUUCUUUGAUGUCUGGCAACUUAGGGGAAAGUAUCCCAACCGGGGUUUCCCUAAAGUCUUUAACGAUAAAACUGUAGGUGAAGAAGCAAAGAGAGUUUAUAACGAUGCUCAAAAUCUGCUGAAAAUGUUGAUCAAUCAAAAGAAAUUACAAGCCAGGGGUGUGGUUGGGUUCUGGCCAGCUCAAAGUGUUCAAGAUGAUAUCUAUUUGUAUACUGUAGAAGAGGCAGUGGGAUCUUCGGAACCGAUAGCAAAAUUUCAUGGCCUGAGGCAACAGGCUGAAAAAGACUCUGCCUGCAUAGAUCCAUAUUACUGUCUUUCUGACUUCAUAGCACCGCUGGAUUCUGGCAUUUGUGAUUACUUAGGCCUGUUUGCUGUGGCCUGCUUUGGUGUAGAUGAGUUGUGCAAUGAAUAUAGGAAACAGGACGAUGAGUACAACAUCAUAAUGGUAAAGGCGCUUGGAGAUCGGUUGGCAGAGGCAUUUGCUGAGGAGCUCCAUGAAAGGGUUCGAAAGGAAUUCUGGGCUUACUGUAGUGCCGAGCAGCUAGAUCUCUGUGACCUACGCAGAAUUAAAUACGAGGGAAUUCGCCCUGCUCCUGGAUAUCCAAGCCAGCCUGACCAUACAGAAAAACUGACCAUGUGGAAACUUGCAAACAUCGAGGAAACAACAGGAAUUGGUUUAACUGAAUCACUAGCAAUGACGCCUGCUUCUGCAGUUUCUGGCCUCUACUUUUCCAAUCCCAAAUCCAAAUAUUUUGCUGUUGGCAAGAUAUGUAAAGAUCAGGUUGAAGAUUAUGCACUGAGAAAAAAAUUGUCCGUGGCAGAGGUGGAGAAAUGGCUGGGACCCAUUUUGGGAUAUGAUACUGAAUAACUGUGGGAGACAUGGGCAAGCAUUUUCUUUUAAUGGUCCAUUUGCCAGAAGGAAGAAUGAAGUGGCAUCUAUUAUCUUUCAUCGCUGCCUUUAGUAUUCGUUGGAAAUGGUUUGUUCUUGUCACUGGUCUGAUCAAAAAAAAAAAAAAAAAAAGGAAAGAAAAAAAUCUCAAACCAACAAACCAAAUGAAUUAAAAUCCAACAAGAAAAUCCUUCCUACUGAGAGGUUUUCUGCCAUCAGGUAUUUCAUCUGAUUGUUUCUAAUUUUUGAUCAAGGAACAUAUAUUUCAGAUGUGCCAUGUACUUGGGACCACGUAUGCAUUGCAGGUCUCUUAAUCAUAGCAAUAUGCUUUUAUUUGUAUUUUUUGCACAAAUGCUCUAGCUGAGCAACUAGUUGUAGGGUGAGAUGUGAAAGUUGCACACCCAUCCUGUCCUUAGGAAGGCUUUGAAAUCAGGGCCUAGUGUUUGUCCCAUUGGCUGUGGACAUGUUGAACAGAGUUUGUCUUCUGUUAUUUGAAUGUGUUUUAGCAAGUCAAGGCCAUACAGAAAUACGAUGCAAUUUUAUUCUGUGAAGUCAGCAAAAAUUUUAAACUGAGUGACCAAGAACAACCAUUUUACAAACAGAUCUUUUUUUAAAAAAAAAACACACCGUCUGCUCCAUAUUUAGGGCUUGUACAUAAUGUUUUUCUGUCUAAAUAAUAACUCAGGUCUUUAAUUUACUAUGUGAUGAUGACUGUAGUUAAAACUAUCAAAAGAUAUAAUGUGGUGGAACAAUAUCAGAGAUGCUGUAUUAUGAUAAAACAUAAAUGAGAUGUGUCCCCAUAGAAGACUCAUGCUUACUUUCAUCUGGCUACAGUCCAUUUCUACUCUGUGUAAAAUGUAAUGAUACCUUCCUUCCUCACAGUUUUGUUGUGAGGAUUAAUUCAUAUUUAAACUUUUAUAUGUGAAAAGUAUGACAGAAGCACAACUGUUACUAUUAACAGAGAGACAGAAAGCUUGGAGCUGACCAGUGUACAAACUUCAAGCUUCUGUGUACCUGGAUUUUAAAAGCAAAUACCUACACUAAGCAACACUACCAUCAAUAACAAUUAAUACUGUAGGUUUAUUUUUCCAAUUUAAGUGAACGAAUUGUUCAUAGCUGUUCAUAAUCCCCUAAAAGUGCCUCAGGUAUUAUUUAAAUGUAAAUUUCAUAAAAUAUUAUGUCAGGAAAAUUCAGUUUUUCUGGUCUCUAAUUGUAAAGAAAAGACCAAUAUUCUAUCUGUAAUCCAUUAACAGAUACAUAAUUUUUGUAAUGUCUUCAUCUGACUUUAUGCUAAAAGAAUUAUCUUGUAUCAACAGUUUAAUAAAAGUUAAGCU